AUGAUAUGUGGGGAAUUGGUAGAGCAUGAAUUUGAUGAGAUGAGACAAGAGAAGAGAGAAGAAGAAAAGAAAAAGAAAGAUGAACAAGAAGAAAAGAAAAAGAAAGAUGAACAAGAAGAAAGACAAAAGAAAAUAACACGAAUCAGAAAGUUACAACAAGAAGAAGAGAAGAAAAAACGCAAAGAAUUAUUAGAAAAAGAACAAAACAAAGAAAAAGAAGAAGAAAAACGAACCAAAAUAGAGAAAACAAGAGACAGAGAAAUAGCAAUCAAAAUGACAGAAGAGUUGAAAAAAAUAAAAGCACGUGAAAAUCAACAAUCUCGUGCUUUUGCUCAUUAUAAAAAUGAAGAACAUCAACUCUCAUUAAAACUAAAGGAUGAUGUAUUAAAGAAAAGAAGAAUCCAAAUUGGUGUUCGACUACCAAAUGGUGAAAUUAAAAAAGCAGUAUUUGUCAAAGAAGACCAAUUGUUUACUGUUUAUAACUUUGUUCAAGGAUUUGGAUUUGACGGAUUUGUUUUUGUAGACGGUCGAACUCACAAUGAAAUUAAUAACUUAGAAGCUACGUUGGAUGAACUUCAUUUUUGGCCUUCUUUCUAUUUGCACGCUGUCUUAUUCAAUAAGACAGACCCUUCUUACUAUCAAUAA